AUGACCGCAGAGAACGAACGCGAAAUAUAUCACAAACUAGAAGCUAUGAAAGAGAUCAGGAAUAAGACUAUUACGUUGGAGCGCCUGAAGCGAAGCAUUUUAAAUGAAGUUCGCAGCGGGGAUCAAGAGGGCCGAUGUCUCGCGCAGUAUAAGCGCGAAAUGGAACUGCUGCAACAGGAAAAAAUGAGCCAUGUGGAAGAACUCCGACAGAUACAUGCAGAUAUCAAUGCGAUGGAGACUGUGAUUAAGCAAACUGAGGAGAGCAUGGGCCGUAAGCUGACCAACGCGUCCCGUCUCCACGAGGACUACCGGCCCCUGAAGGCUGAGGUGGACAUGCUGAGGCGGCAGUGCCUUGGCCUGGACCGCUUACCUGAUCUUCACGAGGAGGAAGGGUCUCCCAUCACACCGGACCGGUUCCCGGCGUCGCGGGGCUCCGCUGGCGCGCUGGGCGGCGCGGGUGUGGGCGCGGCGGGGCCUGCGGCGGCGGGGGCGGGCGGAGGCGCCGGCUUCCUGCCGCCCGCCCCCCGCAAGCCGCCCCCGCCGCCCGCGUUCAGGUCUGCACUACAACAAGAUUUCAUUACCGUCUCGCUGAGACAACAGCCGCCGCCGAUGAAGUCGUGCCUUUCGUGCCACCAGCAAAUCCAUCGCAACGCACCCAUCUGCCCCCUUUGCAAGGCCAAAAGCCGUUCCCGGAACCCCAAAAAGCCCAAGAAGAAA